AUGAAUCGCGAUCUCCACGCAGGGCAAAUUCUCUGGCGCCACAUCGUAUGGCGCACCAGGGAAUCCAAGGUGUUCUUCGCCGGCUUCAUGGGAGCGUGCCUCGUGGUGCCGUGGGUGGUGGCCGAGGGAUUCAUCUGGGCGUCGCGGCGCAAUGAGGAGAAGCUCAACAAGGAGCUUGGCCAGAGGCCCAUGGGCGUGUCAUCGGAGCUUCUGGACGAUGUGAAGAACAAGCGCGAUAUCAACGAUCGCUACGCCGCGGCGCUGCGUGGCCAGAUCAUGACAGGGCCUCCGGAAGCUCGAGUUCUUCACAAGGGAGGCGGCACGACUUUGCCACCGAUUCCAGCUCCAAGCCCAGUCCAGGCAGCGUCUAGCAAGCCACAGCCAGCAACACAGACGGCUUGA